GAGGAGUCUGCUGUUGGGAACUGUUGAGACUCCUGUCACCAGAACUGAUCCUGAGAAAAGAAGGUAGUGCUGUCUGCCAGGAAUAAAUAUUGAGCCGUGGGCCUAAUGCUGGGAAGAAGCAGAGCAGGGAAGAAUCCACUGACUGCCCUUCAGGUCAGGACAAAUAGCUCUCCCACAUGUAUUCUAGAACAGGCCUAGGGGUCUUGUCAGAGGGACAAAGAAGCGGGCGCUUAGGCUUCUUUGGACAGUCCCUAGAAAAGGAGACCUAACGUGCAGGACCAGAGUGAAGAUCAGACGGUCACUUGAAGGUGGGUGCUGUGAAUGGCAAGCUGCAGAGAAGCCUUUGUGGGAAGAAGGGCACUGGCUUUGUGGAGGGUGGAGCUGCAAAGGUAGAAAAGAUGCCCCAAAAGGAGAGUAUGAGGCAGCGCAAACAGGGAGCACAACACCAGCAAAAGCAUGAGGAGGUGCCAGAGAAAGCAGAAGAGAAGCAUGAGGGCCUCAUCGAAUUCCACAACUCUUACCGGGAGCUCUUCCAGUUUUUCUGCAGCAACACAACCAUCCACGGAGCCAUCCGGCUGGUGUGCUCCAAGAAGAACAAGAUGAAGACAGCCUUCUGGUCUGUGCUCUUCUUCCUCACCUUUGGACUAAUGUACUGGCAGUUUGGGAUCCUCUACAGGGAGUACUUCAGCUUCCCCGUCAGCCUGAACCUUAACCUCAACUCAGACAGGCUGACCUUCCCUGCUGUCACACUGUGUACCCUCAACCCGUACAGAUACAGUGCUGUUCAGAAGGAGCUGGAUGAACUGGACCGGAUCACCCACCAGACACUGAUGGACAUGUACAACUACAACAUGUCUGUGGCACAAAGUGAUUGGGCUGCCCAGUACACACACAAACGUAGCUCCAGAAGCCUGUUCCACUAUGUUCAGCGACACCCACUGCGGAGGCACAAGCGUGAUAACCCAGCUAUUGUGCAGGAGAACAACCCUCCUGUAGAUAAAAGUGACUGGAAAAUUGGCUUUCUCUUGUGCAACGAGAAAAGUGAUGACUGUUUCCACCAAACAUACUCAUCGGGCGUGGAUGCUGUGCGAGAGUGGUACAGUUUCCACUACAUCAAUAUUCUGGCACGGAUGCCCAGCACUAAGGACCUAGAUGAGUCUAAUUUUGAGAGUUUCAUCUAUGCUUGCCGCUUCAAUGAUGUUACAUGUGACAAGGCGAAUUACACUCAUUUCCAUCAUCCUAUUUAUGGAAAUUGCUACACAUUCAAUGAUGACAAUAGCAGCCUGUGGACAUCCUCACUGCCUGGGAUCAAUAAUGGCCUCUCGCUGGUGGUGCGCACGGAGCAGAACGACUUCAUUCCCCUGCUGUCCACAGUGACAGGAGCCAGGGUGAUGGUCCAUAACCAAAAUGAACCAGCUUUCAUGGAUGAUGGGGGCUUCAAUGUACGUCCAGGGAUAGAGACCUCCAUCAGCAUGAGAAAGGAGAUGACUCUGCGUCUUGGGGGCAGCUACAGUGACUGCACAGAGGAUGGGAAAGAUGUGCCUGUGCAGAACCUCUACUCAUCCCGUUACACUGAACAGGUCUGCAUUCGAUCCUGUUUUCAGCUGAAUAUGGUGAAAUGCUGUGGAUGUGCAUAUUACUUCUACCCCCUGCCCUCUGGAGCAGAGUACUGUGACUAUACUAAGCAUAUAGCCUGGGGUUACUGCUAUUACAAGCUCCAGGCUGAAUUCAAAGCUGACAUUCUGGGCUGUUUCCAUAAAUGCCGGAAACCUUGCAAGAUGACGGAGUACCACCUAUCAGCUGGAUACUCCCGGUGGCCUUCUGCCCUCUCUGAGGAUUGGGUGUUUCACAUGCUUUCCCAACAGAAUAAGUACAAUAUCACAUCCAAGAGGAAUGGAGUUGCCAAAGUGAACAUAUUUUUUGAGGAGUGGAAGUAUAAAACCAAUGGAGAGUCUCCUGCCUUCACGGUGGUGACCCUCCUCUCCCAGCUGGGGAAUCAGUGGAGCCUCUGGUUUGGUUCCUCUGUUCUCUCUGUGGCUGAGCUUGCAGAGCUGAUUUUGGACUUCAUCGUCAUCACCUGUAUCCUGUCCUUCCACUGGCUCCGCACCUGGCAUAAGCCUGCCUCCACUAUGCCACCCCCGGGUGGCCAUGACAACACUGACUUCCAGUCCGAGGUGUCUGGCCCCAGCACCCCACACCGCUUCACUGUUGAAGCUGUUGUGACCACGUUGCCCUCCUACAACAGCUUGGAAAGAUGCGAGUCCAACAGGGAUGCUGAAAUGGGAUUGGCGUGAGGACUCUGGUGCCAUAUCCUGCCUACAUGUAGCUCAGGGGUCACAUGCACUACACCAUUGAUCUUGUCCUUGGGUCUGCAGCUGUGUGGCAGACCGAAGCAGGGACCAAUUUCCUGCUUGGUGCUAGAGUAACUGUGGAUUAGCUACACCUGUCCUUUCUUUACCUGGAUCAGAUCAUAGCAGAUCACUGCACUAUUACUGGUGAUGGGUUAAUUUAUAUUCUCUUCUGGUGGCAAAUUCUACAAUCCUUCUCCCACAAUGCAAUGUCCUUAGUAUCUGGUACUUACCAUUGUCAUGGGUACCCAGUGAUGGGAAACAAAUAUAUUGGGGUCAACUGAGUUCUUUCAGGUUCACAUACACACUCUCUCUCUUUUUCCUUGUACCAAGGACACACCCACUCUGGUCUGUAACCAUUAGAAAACAAGAACUAAUCAAAGAGGA